AUGGCACCCGAAUUCGACAUCACACCUAAGAAGCGGGCGUCGCAGCUUGCCUUCCUUCAACGACAGCUCUGCCGGGAGCCUCCCGCUUGGAGUCAGAAGGACGCUGACUUGAGCGGCAAAACCGCCAUCGUCACAGGGUCUAACACGGGCCUCGGCUUCGAGUGCAGCGCGCAGCUCCUGGACCUUGGCCUCAGCAGGCUCAUUAUCGCCGUCCGCAGCGAAUCAAAGGGCGAGGAGGCGAAGCAGCUGCUCUUGAAGCACCAAAAUACUGGCAACUUUCCAGUCAUUGAAGUCUGGAAGCUCGAUCUAUCGAGCUAUGAUUCCAUCGUUGCGUUUGCGGAGCGCGCCAAGGCGCUCGAGAGGCUCGAUAUAGUCGUCCACAACGCAGGUCUCCUCAACAAGACCUACAAGCAGAAUACGUUUACAGGCCAUGAAGAGAUGGUGCAAGUCAACUAUCUCUCUCUCGCUCUCCUGACACUGCUGCUCCUACCAACUCUUGAGGAACAGAACACCGCCGCACAACCCGGUCAUCUCGUCCUCGUCUCAUCCGACACAGCCGCAUGGGCCGAAUUCAAAGAGAGAACCUCGGUGCCGCUACUUGCUGGUUUGGAUAAGCCCCGGUCGUUUAAAGACCGGGAUCAGUAUGCUACUUCCAAAUUACUGGGACAACUGUUUCUCUCGCAGCUGGUGAAGAGGGUACCGCUAUCUUCUACGAUCAUAAACGCUCCCAAUCCGGGUCUGUGCAAGUCGAGCUUGAGUCGCGAUUACAACAACCUUCUCGACAGGGCGCUCGUAUCGACUCUCCAUCACUUGCUUGGGCGCAAAACGGACGUAGGAGCUCGCGCGUUAACAGAUGCAGCUGUGAAGCAGGGUCCGGAGUCUCAUGGAGAGUAUUUUGAGGAUGGAAAGGUUCAGCCAAUGGCACCGCUCGUUUACAAACCCGAGGGUCAGACGAUUGCAGAAAGGCUAUGGAAGGAGACUUUGAACGAGCUGGCUUUUGCAAAGGUCGCUGAUGUUGUUCGCGCUCUGGGCGGUCAGCCAUGA